GAUUUGUAUCUUGAUACGUUCACCUUGAUUUUUUAUCCGCAUGCUGCGGAUGAGCAUUAUGUAAAUCGAUAUCUAAAAAAAAACAAGUGACUGGUUUAGUCUAAGGUUUUCUCGUUGCCACCUUCGGCCGUCGGUAACCAACCAGGCGCAUCUAAUCGUCGAGAUCGUUCCCGGUAUUUUCCCGUUUAGUUUCCUUGUGUUGGAUUUAUCAAACUACGAAUAUUGCGUCGAAACCACCUCGUUAAUCGUGCUGAGGCAAAGCGACAAUCGAUUCUUUUUUUCGAUUAUUGUGUGCAUCGAGAGAUAAGGCAGAACAGCAGCCGGGCGCGCUACCUGCUAGUAGCGAAAAUAUUACCGAUUUUCCCAUCUCACCAUAAUUUACGAUCAGGAAAACAACCGCAGUUGAUAUGGCGUCAUCGGCACGGUAAAAAUUGUCGUCAUUAAUCAGGCCCUGUCGGUUGGGCUUGUUGCUAAACGAGAUAUGCGAAACGGUGUCAAAUUUCGCUAAGCUUUUGCGAGCUUGUAGUAUAGUAAAUACGACGUUUUCGCGAAGGUUCAUUGAUUCAGGCAAGGGCCUUUCAACUUUUGGUUAAGCAAAGGAAAAAAAAAAUUGUACUUUCGUCGUCUUUCGGUUGUUGGUAGGCUACAGCGCAAUAUGAAAGGAUUUGAUAUCGGAUUCGCGGAAAAGUGCCUGCGCUUGUAAUUGCGUCGCUCGUUGAACGACCCUACAAUCGAUGGUUCAGUGCUAUAGCAGGCAGUGAAGAGUACAAUUUAGGAUUGAAAUUAAAAUCCUUUCAAUUUUGCGUGUACUCAAACAAUAAGGUUUGAUUGAAGGUAUUAACGACACAGAAAUUUGGAAAAAUAUUCUAGAGUGCGUACUUUAACCAAUUAACAGUUAUUAUAACCGAGGAAUGAAAAACGCUCAAUUUGCUUUCGACAAACACGAAAAAUUGCUUCACUUGUUUAGUCCAAACAAUAAAAUAAUUUUGUUCCUAAAAGAGAAAACAAUCAAAACUCAACUCAAAAUAUCAGCACGUACCCUACUAUGAACCUGCACCCAGCUCAGCCAGAUUUGAAUGAAGGAUUUAUUUUGAAUUUGGCAAUGUGUAGCAGACAAAAUAACACAAAAUAAUAAAUCAGGUCAGAGAUGAUAAGAUUCUAGCGGGUAGUCUAACGUUCGCUCGAUGUGCAUCAUCAAUGAGUGUGCGAGGAUCCGAAUCCGAAUUCUCUACUCAACUUGAAACCCGUGCGGACUCAAGCGACGACGCUUGCGACCGCGCUAAUCGUUGCUUGUUUGUGUUUAGUUUUAUUAAUCCUACAACUAAUUCUCCACAAUCCACAAACUAGCCCCGGGCAAUAUGGCAAGUGAGUCGGCAAUCAGAAAUUCAGCGAUGCUGUUGAUUGUUUUUCCUGGCUGGUAUCUGCUGUCGUUUGUUUGUCUGGCCUCCGGCCAGCUGGAGUCGGAGACGAUAGUUCGCAACCUAAGUCACUUCAAAGUCGACGCUGCUGCUGAUAACAUGUCACUGGAGGAUUUUGAUCAGUAUCUCGGAAGCUACAUUGGAGGAGACGAUCGAAAGAUCGCACUGAUUCUCGAUUACGAUGGAACGCUUGCGGAGCUCACCUCUCAUCCGAAUCUGACGGCCAUGACGCCAGAAAUGCGAGAAGCACUACGGAACAUUGCCAAUAGUGGGAAGGUUUUCCUAGCGAUCAUUUCCGGACGAGAUGUCGAUGGUGUGAAGGCAAAAAUCGGCAUCGAUAACAUCAUUUAUUCGGGAAAUCAUGGUUUAGAGGUGCUGUAUCCAAACGGAACCAGACACAAUCAAGGCAUCCCGAAGGAGAUUGCCGACAACUUUACCAAAAUGGUCGAUCAGCUGACGAAAGAGCUCGCACACAAUGGCGCCUGGGUGGAGAACAAAAAGGUAUCGAUCACGUUCCACUACCGGCAGGUUGAUCCCAAACUAGUGCCCAAACUGGAGGCUGAUGCGAAGCGAAUAAUCGAAUCGUACGGUUACCGGGCGAAUAUGGCUCACGCCGCCGUCGAGGGAAAGCCACCGAUCACGUGGAAUAAGGGUCUAGCCGCGGAGUACAUUCUUACCUCGAAUUUUGACAAAAACUGGAAAAGCCGUAAGGUGAUCUUCGCCGGGGAUGACACAACCGACGAGGACGUGAUGAAGGCCAUCAAGGGAUUCGGCCGGUCGUUUCGGGUCACCACGAAGGCGGACGUGGAAACCAACGCGGAUUACGUCAUUCCGUCGGUUCGGUCCGUUUAUCAAAUGCUCAAGUGGAUCGAGAAGAAAGUGACGUCGUGAUAGAGAAGCAAGUUGAGAGUUGAAUUACUAAUCAAGAUUUAUUAGAAAAAGUGCGUCAAACAGUGUUUUUAUUUUCGUUUAUAGGUUGUUAGCAGCAGCUAGUUUAUUUGAUUCAUUCAAUAAACUGCUGAAGUGUUGGUUAACAUAAAAAGGUGCCGAUGGAGAGGGCAGGGCAGCCAAUAAAUUUAUAUACUAAUUUUGAUUCUACAA